AUGAUGACACUACUGCACGCCUUGAUCGUUUUGGCCGUGCUCGCCAGUGAAUGCGAUCCGGCAUUCGGAAGCAACGAGGCUUCUUCAUCGACAUCGGAAUUUGUCGGACAGGUCGAGACAGCGCCGUCUGCAAUGCAGAGAGAGACAAGUGUCACCCAUUCGACGGGCUCCAACUCGACUGCACUCUUCAUUACGUCGCUAACGGAGAGCUCACCCGAUGAGGCAGUCAAGACACAAAGUGACACCGCCCAGCAACCGACUGUCGCGACUAUUUCGACAACUCAAGUCCAGACUGUCCCUACUUCUUCAGCUCCGUUGGCUGUGUCAACUACCGCUUCAUCUAGCUCCUCGGGUUUGGACAUCGUCUCGACAACAACGCCCCUCUUGCCCAACUGGGUCGGCACCGUUGAUCCCUCCGACAGUGCUUGCUACCGCAAGACGUACAUCUCCAGGACUUGCUCGGUUGGUUAUGCCUACGAUAACAUCGCGACGUGCUGGGCACAAUGUCCUCUGAAUUACCCCGUGCAAUGUGGCAUGGAAUGUAUCCCUCAGAGUGAUGACUGUGCGCUGGAGGUUAUCACCAAGAUCGAGUCGGUCGCAAAAGUAGCGCUAAAUGCAGCGACGUCAGGUGUCUUCGGCCAGUUAAGCACGGCUAGCGCUGCUGUCCAGCAGGGUGUCAAGUGCGGACAGAAGCUCUUCAUCGUGGUUCAAGAUGUUGUAGCUUACGCAAAGAAGCUACAAAUCAACUUUCCCAAUGGCACCAACGAGCAGAUCAUUUCUUUAUUAAACAACUCGGAUAUUGUCGUCAAGGACCUCCCUACUGCUGUGUGUGUAUGUCUGGGGUUGGAUGUACCCACCGACUACCUGAACCUCGCUUCAGACGUGGUAAAAGUCGUAAACAAGGUGCUAAUUCAAGUGGUGGAGAAGGGAUCUUCACUGCUGAGUGUGGACACGUUCCUGACCUUCAUUAACGGCAUUGGUGUUGGUAGCUCGGUGGAGUCGUUGAAUGAAGACGACACCUCUACGUUAAAGAGCCUCAUCUCGGAAGGCAAGACCUGCGGUACCGAACUACAAUCGAUCAUUACGAAGGUUACGCAGGCGGUUGCUGAUAUCAAGACAGCUAAUGCAGCGUCUUCUGCUGACGCUAUCCGAUUGGCUCUUGGUAACACCGCUCUCUUCCUUACGGAAAUCCCUACUGUGACCAACAACUGCAUUAAGAACAUCACUGGAAACAACGCGAACACUGUGCGUGAUCAGAUCCGAAAAGGACUUAGCGUGAUCACAGACAACCUUAUCGCCUCUUCCGAUGAUGACAGAGGUAAUGCUCUCUCCACGGCUGACUACAUCCUCAAGGUGGCCGAUAUGGGACUCGAUGUGAUCGCCAUGUUCGAUCCUACGGGCAUCGCGAAGAUGCUGGAAGAGUUCAUCCAGCCCAUUUGCGGUCCUACGUCGUUCAUAGGUGAGAUCGACGAUGGGUCCCUUGGCGAUGCUCUCGCUCUUGUCGCCCAUGGAGACGCUUUUGCUGGGAGCUACGGUACCUGGACGCACGCUGGUGAUGGUGCUGUGAAUAUUGUGUUCCAGAGUACGGACACCGAGGACGUGACGGUCGAGAUUCACUCUGGCGGCAAAAUUGUGGAUUCCGUGAAGGUGAAGAGCGGCGAGACUGUCACGUGGAACUCGACCGUGUCGACGUUGCAGGACAAGACGAUAUACUUGGACCGAUGGCGUCCGGGUCUUCUUGGCCUUCCUGGGUCUGGUGGCGGCUCCCUCGUGCUGUGGGUACCUCGGUCGUCUGCAGGCGGCCGUAUUGAUCUUGUUGCCAAUAUCAACGUCAGCUAAGCUAUGUUAAGCAACUUGGACG